GAAGGACUGCCCUCCGUGAGGACUUGCGCCCCUGUCCCCAGAGGAGCUGUCCCGCCGCUCCCGUUGAGGCAGCGGAAGGAUCUCGCGGGCGGGUGCGGGCGAGCGGAGCAGCCUUGCAACCUCCCCGCUGGCCAUGUUGGCUGGGAGAUGCUGCGGUUUUGAAGGUCUUCUGUUAGGCACAUCUGGAACCGUGUCCUCCUUGUGCUGAGACAGGAGCUUUUCUUUAGUACAAUAAACACAGGGAUGUAUCUGCAAUCUCUGAUAGACAUAGGUGUACAUCUGGAAAUUAUGAUUGAAAUAAUAUCGUGGAGCACCUUGGCCCAGUGAGGGGGCAGUGGCCAGGCGGCCUCCCACUUAGCCAGCUGUCCAGAAAUAAGCAUCCAGGCAGUUUGCAAACUAAUCCUGUCCAUUGGGAGGUUGUCUCUGUUAGGAAGUCCUCUCCCCUUGAGGGUAGACCCGGGGGCUCCAAAGUGGUCCCCUCACGUUGGGGCUAGACAUUAAUUUAAAUGGCGACCGAUCUGCCCGAAGCGGAUUCCGCAGACUGUGAGGCGCUUCCACUCUUAACGGGAGCGCCCCCGGACAAGUUGAGUGAGACAGCUGAAGACGGCGCCAUGCCGAUCCGCCGGGCUGUGACCGCCUCCGCUCGCGAAACACCCCCUAAGAGCAAGGCCGCGGCGAGUGGCGGGGGACAGCCAGAGCCCGAUGCGAGUUCGGAAGAAUCCGCCUCCACCGUAGAGGAGCAGGAAAACGAGACCCCCCCGGCCACGUCCAGUGAGACGGAGCCGCCAAAGGGGCCCGAGGCCGAAGAGAAGGCGGAAGUGAAGCCCGCGGAGGAGGCCAAGCCAGACGAGAAGGAUCCCGCGAAGGAGAAGGAGAAGAAGGUCAAGAAAACCAUCCCCACCUGGGCCACCCUUUCGGCCAGCCAGCUGGCCCGGGCGCAGAAGCAGACGCAGAUGGCGGCCUCCUCCCGCCCCAAGAUGGAUGCCAUCCUGGUGGAGGCCAUCAAGGCCUGCUACCAGAAGGGGGGGGCCUCCGUUGUCGCCAUCCGGAAGUACAUCAUCAGCAGGUACCCUUCACUGGAGCUGGAGCGGAGGGGCUACCUCUUGAAGCAGGCCCUGAAGCGGGAGCUGGAGCGGGGAGCCAUCCGGCAGGUGAAAGGGAAAGGUGCUUCCGGGAGUUUCGUUGUGGCCCCAAACUCAGGGAAAAUGGCCCCCAAGUCCAGGGACCGGAAGAGGAGCGCGUGGUCCUCCGGCCCGGAGCAGCAGGUGAAGCUGGAGGACGUGCUCCCGCUGGCCUUCACCCGCCUGUGCGAGCCCAAGGAGGCCUCCUACAGCCUGAUCAAGAGAUAUGUCGCCCAGUAUUACCCCAAGCUGAAGGUGGACGUCAGGCCCCAGUUGCUGAAGAAUGCCCUGCAGAGGGCGGUGGAGAAGGGCCAGCUGGAGCAGAUCACCGGCAAAGGGGCCUCGGGAACAUUCCAGCUGAAGAAAUCUGGGGAGAAGCCCCUGCGAGGGGGCAGCCUCAUGGAAGACGCCAUCCUUUCGGCCAUCGCGGCCAUGAACGAGCCCAAGACCUGCUCCACCACUGCUCUGAAGAAAUAUGUCCUGGAGAAGCACCCCGGGACGAGCGCCAGCCUGCAGGUCCACCUGCUGAAGAGGACCCUGCAGAAGUGCGAGAAGUACGGCUGGAUGGAGCAGAUCUCCGGCAAAGGCUUCAGCGGCACCUACCAGCUGCGCUUCCCCUACUACCCGAGCCCCGGCGUUCUCUUCCCCGAGAAGCAGAAAGAGGAGGAGGAGGAGGAAGAUGAGGACGAAGACGAGGAAGAUGAGGAUGAAGACGAGGAGGAGGAGGAGGAAGAGCCUCCUCCCAAGAAAAGGAUGCAAAAGCGGCCCCCGCCGAAGGCCCGGAACAGGGCCCCCCCGCUGGUGAAGCGACGGGAGGCCAAGCCCCGGCCCCGCAAGGCCCCUCUGGCGCAUCGUGGGAAAGCCAGGCCCCCUCCCCGGGUCAAGGCCCGUGCCAAGAAGGCCAAGCCCGCCCCCCCCCAUGCGGCCAUCAGGAGCCUUUCCGGCAACAGCCCAGCCCCCAAGAAGCCGGUCGCGAGUGCCAAGAAGGACGUGAAGCCCCCCGCCAAGAAGAGCAAGCCCACCAUGCGCAAGUCCCUGCGGGCAAAGAAGUGAUCCCCGGGCGGGCGGCCGGCCGGCCCUGCCUCUUCGGAACACGCGCGCUUGUUUUAUAAGUACAACACACCUUUGUAUCUUAGUUCAGAUGCCUGGACCUGCCGCCGCCGCCGCCGCCUCCCCCCCCCCCGCCCUUUUUUCUCCUCUGAGCAGUGGGGAAACCAGGAGACCACAGUGAGCCCUGCAGCCCAAGCCUUGCGGGCCGCUCCGGGGCCUGUCCCCGUGCCCCCCCGCUGCCCCCCCCCUGCCCCCACCAAGGCCAGUUGCCCGUAACAUAGGACUGUCCCGUUCUUUUUUAAAAAAGGUAAUCUGUACAGGGUGCAUCUUGGCUUUGGAUUCUGGCUUUUAGAACUAGUUGCAAAGAAGAUUUUUAUAUUUUUAGAAUGUGGAAGGCAGACUGCUCUUGGAGCGCCCCACCCCGUGGGAUGCCUGGCGGGGCUUGGGCAGGCCACAGCUCCCGGGCACUGGCCGCCUUGGAGAAGAGCGAGCGCCAGGUGGCCUGGAGUUGGCAGCCCCCUGUCCCCGGCGCCAUCCUCUGUAUCUUAGUGUGCUCUGUUGGUUUAGCUUAGCUGUCCCCUGCGGUGUCUUUUUGCCCCUGAAGCCCAAGCUUACAUAAAAGUCUCCUUGAAUCCAACUUUUGGAACUCGCUCUUUUAAAAGGAAAGAAAUGAAAAGAACUUGAGUUUUUGUCACUUGUGUGCCCCCCUUAAAAACAACAACACAUGAAAUUUCAGAGAAAGGUCUGAUUGCUAACGUAGAGCUAUUAAGAAACAUGCUGUUUGCUAAAAUAAAAAAUAGACUCCGGCA